AUGCUAGUAACCGCACCCCCGACUACUCCUUUCACGUUCAAAAAGGUGCCCGGAGUGAGUGUAUUCUCUACCCCUCUGGUCUCCGAAGCGACACCUGAACCGAGUGAACGAUGGCGACCACGCCUACAUCUCGUGGCUCCUCGUGGUUGGCUCAACGACCCUUGCGCCCCUGGAUACGACCCGGUCAAUAAAAAGUAUCAUCUGGGUUUCCAGUGGAAUCCAAACAGCACAGAAUGGGGCAACAUUUCCUGGGGUGCAGCAGUAUCCCACGAUCUUCUCACAUGGAAAGUCUCAGAUCGCCCAUCUAUGCAGCCCUCUGCACAGUGCGAUUCGGGCGGUGUGUUCACCGGCUGUCUGAUACCCACUGCAAUCGAUGGUUCAGAGAGCGGCGUCCUGACAGCAGCGUAUACAUCAGUGUCUCGUCUCCCAAUUCACUACACGCGGCCAUAUUUCCGAACAUCAGAGGCAAUCGCUUUGGCUACAUCAACCGACUCUGGCAGGACAUGGAUUAGACAUGCGAAGAACCCUGUCCUCGCAGAGCCCCCGCCGGGCAUCGACGUGACCGGCUGGCGAGAUCCGUUCGUAGCUCCCUGGCCGAGCAUGGAUAAACUCGUUGAUCAGCAUCGAGUGAACCGAGACACCAGAUCAUUGUAUGCUGUCGUAGCCGGAGGAAUUCGAGGGAAGACACCGACAGCCUUUCUCUACCAAGUGGACGCAAAUGCGCUGGAUGCAUGGCAAUAUCUUGGCCCUUUGAUUACCCCUGGCCUGAACUUUUGCCCUUCGCCUCGCUGGACAGGAGAUUUUGGCGUGAACUGGGAGGUGAGUAAUUUUGUAUCCCUGGCAAGUGCAGAUGGCAAGGCAUGCCGCAACUUUCUCAUUUGUGGCGUCGAAGGUCGGUUAGCUACCGACGACAUGAUUCGCACCAAAGGCAACUUCCGGGCGACCAAUGCGCAAAUGUGGCUUUGCGGCAGCCUCGAGACUGCGCCGGGUGUGCAUAUGAAGUUCCGUUUCGGAGGCAGAUUGGACCAUGGCCUGUACUAUGCUGGCAACUCGUUCUGGGAUCCGCAAACACAGCAGCAGGUCAUAUACGGCUGGAUUCGCGAAGACGACCUCGAUGCAGAACUGCGUCAGCGACAAGGAUGGACUGGUAUCAUCUCCUUGGCACGAGUUCUCAAAAUGCAGGCCUUGACGGGUGUUACCGGAGCCUUGUCGUCUCCACUUCAAUCUAUCGGUUCCAUCGAAUUGGUGCCUGAAGAUACACAUGGCUCGAGCUUCACUGCUAUCACGCUGUGCGCAGUGCCCGAUCCUCGAUUAUGCAAGCUGAGAGGCUGUAGGUUUCCCUCAAAGGAAACUCCGGAGCAAAGCCCCGGAGGUAUCUUUGUGUUUCCUGUAGCCUGGCGGCAGUGGGAGAUGGAACUAGAAUUCAGACCAGAAGAAGGCGCUGCCAAGUUGGGUUUUGAUAUUGUACAUUCAGCUGCGGAAUUUACCCGCGUUUACUUUGAUGUAAAUGCGGAGACGAUUGUCAUUGACCGGAGUUGCUCCACAUCUCUAGAUGGGAUCCGAACAUGUCAAGAGGAAGCGCCUCACACGCUGUUCACGAUUAGGCAGCGGGGCAAAGACAGCCCCUUUACCGAAAAGGGGAUACUCGAAACCUUGAAGUUCCACGUCUUGUACGACUCCAGCGUGCUUCAGGUGUUUGUGAACGAACGCACAGCACUGACCACAAGGGUUUAUCCCGCUGGCGGGACGAGCACGGGUAUCCGCCCGUUGGUGGAGCGAACAUGUUAUCAUUCUAGCAACACUGGAGGGCCAAAGUCUCGGGCUUGGAAUAUGGCUCUGUGGCCUCUCUCGCUUUCUGUCUAA